GACGCGUUCACCAUUCUUAAUAAUCUCUGCACUCCUUCCUCGCUCCUCUUCGACCCCCGAAUCACUUCGCGACAACGCCCCUCGCCUCAGCCUCCUUUUCGAACCUUUCCUCCCUCACCUACAGCCCAGAGACUUCCUCCUUCAUUGCCCAGCACUAUUAGCGUACAGAAUCUUGCGGCAGAAGAACCGUUCACCAAGAUGGAUAAACGCCACCCGAGUUCUUUCCAGCAGUUGGAGAAGCUGGGAGAGGGGACAUAUGCUACGGUUUUCAAAGGUCGUAAUAGACAAACCGGAGAACUGGUGGCCUUGAAAGAAAUCCAUCUCGACUCGGAAGAAGGCACCCCUUCCACCGCAAUCCGCGAAAUCUCCCUCAUGAAAGAGUUGAAGCACGAAAAUAUUGUCUCCCUACACGAUGUCAUCCACACCGAGAACAAACUUAUGCUUGUUUUCGAAUAUAUGGACAAAGAUCUUAAGAGGUACAUGGACACGCAAGGCGACCGCGGUGCUCUCAACCCCAUUACCAUCAAAUCUUUCAUGCACCAGCUGCUACAAGGCAUAGCAUUCUGCCACACCAAUCGUGUGCUACAUCGAGACCUAAAGCCGCAAAACCUCCUCAUAAACGUCAAGGGCCAGCUCAAACUCGCAGACUUCGGCCUAGCCCGCGCCUUCGGCAUUCCCGUCAACACAUUCUCCAACGAAGUCGUCACCCUAUGGUAUCGCGCCCCCGAUGUGCUCCUGGGUUCCCGCACCUACAACACCAGCAUCGAUAUCUGGUCCACCGGCUGCAUCAUGGCCGAAAUGUAUACAGGCCGCCCCCUCUUCCCUGGCACGACAAACGAGGACCAACUCGUACGUAUCUUCCGCAUUAUGGGCACACCUUCUGAGCGCACGUGGCCGGGCAUUAGCCAGUACACCGAGUACAAGCAGAAUUUCCAGAUGUAUGCUACGCAGGACCUGAGGGCGAUCUUGCCGCAGAUCGAUCCUAAUGGUAUUGAUCUGCUGCAGCGCAUGUUGCAGUUACGACCGGAGUUGAGAAUCAGUGCUCAAGAUGCACUGCAGCAUCCUUGGUUUAGUGAUUUGGGCGGUGGCAUGAGACAUCCGAGCCAGAUGCCGGGCCAGAUGCCGAUUCAGCAGAGGGGGUACGCGCAGCCUGGGGUCGUGGCGCAGGAAGGGUAUGGGUAUUGA